UCCUCAAGAUCUGGGACCUCACCCCGGUAAGUACCAGUACUUGGCAUAAGGAUGGAUGUGGAAACGAGACGGCGGUGUGAAGUCUCCGCAAUACGUACCUGGAAAAGGAGAAAAGUAUACGUGUGCUUAUUCCUUCGCCCGUUUGCCGGUGAGGUGGGUGCGGCGCAUGGCGCACCUGGACCGUGGUCGACUAUUCCACUUUAUAUGACUGGUGAAAAUAUAGACAUGAAGCAUUUGUGUGAGGGGCUCGACGCCGUAUCUACCCCCACAGGCGGAAGGUGCACUUUUCUCCAUCGGGGUAAGUGGCUAGAUUGGCUUCUGGUGGUUUAGGCGUCGUGGAUGAUGUUAGGCUUAUUGCGGAUAUCCGCCCCGGGAUGUACAUGCUGCACGAGGUGAUGGAGAGGUAAGUUGAGUGAUGCUAAUCGUUAGCCGUGUCCGCGGAAGAGUGUUGAAUGCACGAGCGUUCCCCAUAGAGGAUUGCGGUACGCUUGGUUCCGUCUAUGAUCUUCUAGUCCGCAAGGACAAACCUUACGCAAAAUAUUCCAACUUUAAAGUAACCAGUCCUGAUGCUGGAGAAAAGGAAUACUAUUGCGCAUCGGCGUUGAUUCUGGUUAGUGUUCGGGUUCAUACCGCUCUUUUCAAACCUUCGAAAGUGUUACUGCAUCGACCGACAGAUAUCAGGGAAGCCCGAACAUAAACUGGAAAGACAGGAGGCAUA